AUGUCGACCAUCCCCGCAUUAUUCAAGCAAAUCACAAAUGAAGAGCUCGCCGCCGAAGUUAAUAGCGAUUUGCGACAAAUAAUUCGCUCGAUUGGGCAGCUUACUUUUGCUGAAGACAACGUUGUCUCGGAAGAUAUUUUAGAAAAAUGUUUGAAACUUGUCGAUCGUGAUGCUAGUUGCUUUCCAACGGUUCACAAAUACAUCAAAAAAGAUCCCCGGAUAGCGCGUCUUUUAUCAAAUUUUCUGAAGACCGUAAAGUCCAAAAGAUUUCUAUCGUCAAAUGUUAACGAACAAUCUGAUAUAAUCGAGAAGCAGAAGACACCGGAUGAAAUAACUCGGGUCGUUUCAGCACCUACUUCCAACCUUGAUGACCCGCAUCACAUGGCGAACAAUUAUUCAGCUCCUCGAGAAGUGAUUAUUAUCGAUAGCGAUGACGACGCUGAAAGUACUUCCGUCGUUCAUGCGUCCAAAAGCACAAUCGGAAAGCAGGAGAACAUCAAUAAGCAAUUGAAUUUCGGGGAUUCUGUAGUUCAAACUCAAGGCGAAUUGCAAAAAGACAGGAGGGUAAGUGUCAAUGAGCAAAUGAACAUUGAUGAACAUGAUAGUAGCACGCGGCAAGUUGGUCAGAGUAGCUCGGCAAACGGUGUCAACCCAUUUAGCAUCAACAGUGGUCCCAGCGCUAAAAAGGACUAUGGAGGGAGUAGAAUUGCCAAUUUGGCUCGGGAUAUGAGUAAUGUAUCUAUCGAACAUACGUUCGACGAACAAGGGAGGCAAUUUAGUAAUGAUCGCAAUAAAAAUAAGAUUGAUGACAAACGAUUGAAAAUUCCAGGUGCCGGUGUAGGUGAUAAUGGCCGCAAAUCCGCACCUCACGUAGAUGAAGUGGUGAACGGUUUUUUUUACACGACGAGAUAUACGGCGAGUUCGCUUUACUCGGUCAACGACAUAGGAUUGGAUAAUAUUGGGGGGACGGUUAUUGCAUUUGCCGAUCUCAACUCUGAUAAAUACACAGACUUGAUAGUUCUAAGUGCUGAUCAGAAGACGAUAAGUUUUUACUUAUGGGAUCACGAUUCUUAUACGUAUUCGAUUGCACCAUCGGCCAACAUAACAAUAACGUCUGAUGGGACCAACCCGGGGUUCUUGAUCACAAAUGUCUUGCCGGGAGAUUAUAAUUAUGAUGGCAUUUUGGAUCUGUUAAUUAUGGGACAAGAGAAUCCGACGGGCAAAAAUUCAAAGAGCGAUCCACUUUACAUGCGGGUUUAUAUGGGGUAUGACAAUAGCUCGUUUGAUUCUAGUUACUACAAUGUUCCGUCUUCAACUGUGCAGCAACCAAUUCCGUUGGAUUUCUAUGGAACGAUGAGGACCGAUCUGCUUGGGCAUGCCUAUGCCAACAGUUCAUAUAUCUCGGUGUGGAAAAAUGCGUUCAAUGCGACGAGUCGAACUUUAUUCGAAGUGGUUCCAAUGGUGGUCACAAAUUCCACUGCAAAUUCGACGGUAUCAAAUUGCACAUUGUCAGAUCCACAUUCCAAUGCUUUUAUAGACCUCGACGGGGAUUGUUUGGCAGUUAAUAUCGCAUACAAUUUACAGAUGCAGUUGUGCUCGGGAGGUUCGGAGACCGGCUGCAGGAGUUCACAGGAAUUGUGUGUGGCUGAUAAUAACUUCAAGUUUGAUUUGAACUCCACCACAGGCGAUUCUUACCUGGAAUUGGAUUUGAGCGAUGAAUUACCCGAGGAUGAAGAAAUAACGUUGCUGGACACUUCAUUCCGAGGAACUUUGCCUAUUCCUAUUCGAAUAGGGGACUACAACCUUGAUGGUUAUCCUGACUUGCUGAUCUCCACCUCAUCUCAGUCAUCAUCGCACGUAUCACUGUUAAAAUCGGUUUUGUGCACAAGCAUCACUUGUAAUAAAGCGGCCGGAGAUGCUCGAAGGCGCACAUUUACGAGGGUCAUAGAUGGUGCUUCACCCCUCAACGACAUUUCAAAUGCCGUCUCUUCCGCAUUCUAUGACCUUGACGAAGAUGGGACGCUAGACAUUUUGAUUCUAAGAUCAGAUUCGGGUUCAGCGAAAGAGGUUCAACUUAUACACAACAACUACUUCAAUGAUGCUUUCUUCCUAAAAGCUCUUAUGUUGAACGGGGUUUCAAAGAAACAGGGUUACGGUGUCAGUUAUUCAGGUGCAUCGUAUAAAUUCACCGUUCUCGAUACGUCUGGAUCAACAAGGGCAAAUCAAAUUGCACAAUAUCCCCAGAGUGCGUAUCAGGCGCUAAUCACACCGUAUUCAUUAUUUGGUCUUGGACGUACAAAUAAUUACAUUGAGCUAUUCUUUGCCGGGUCCACACGAAAUCAAAAAUUGCCUUACACAACAUACAGCGGUGUGAUACCAAAUUCUCAACUUAUAAUUAUCCCUUACCAGCCUUCAGGCACCUUCGAUCCUUCCACAUGGUCGCUUGAAUUAUUCAUUCAUCCCGGUGAUUGGGUGCCAUGGGUGUUAUUGGUGUUGGCAAUUUCAACCCUAGUUAUGGCUAUCAUCAUAGCAGUUUUAUACUGGAUAGAAAAGAAAGAGGAUAAGGCCAACUUGUUAAAGUUCAAACGCGACAUAAACUUUUAA